GGAAUUUUGAGCUACUGGGGCAUUCAUAAUUGUAGAUGAAUUCCGGACUUGAUCGACCAGAUCCAAGACAGAGACCAGGAAUCAUAAGUCUGGGCUUCCUGAUGGAUAGGAGAGUGAGAAGAACUACGGACAAGAACACAGAGGACAGCAGGAAAAUGGGGUCGGAACCAGGAUGGUUGGCUGAGGGAAAGAAGAUGGAGUACAGUAGGCAGAGAAGCGCGAGGAGACUGCUCCCGGCUUCGGGAUAUUUCAGCUUACAGUCGUUUUAUGUGUUGAUAUGCCUGACGGUGUCUUUGCUGAUACUACCAUUGAUACUCCCGCCGUUGCCGCCUCCCCCGUUCAUGUUGCUGUUGCUUCCAAUCGGCAUUCUGGCCGUGCUCAUGAUGCUGGCCUUCAUGCCUUCCAAUGUGAGGGACUUGACGUAUACAUACACGUAAAGAGUAUGUGUUCCAUUUCGCGAGUCGAUCAUACCAUUCUUGUAAACCCGAUCUUCCGGUGUUCAAAGAGGAGAAGAAGAAAGAGAAUUUUCCAACUGUUCGUUCCUUGGCACUUCCAUACCUCAAUCGAGAUGCUUGUUAACAUAGAA